AUGCGUCAUUUUGCGACAAGUACAUGUAGUCUGGAAAAUUCUCAAGAUCUUUUUCACAUCUUAUCCAAGUCUGAAAUAUUUCUUUCUCUUAUUGGUUUACCCUACGGCGCAUCGUUAGAUAUUGGUUGUCCCGCUCGUGCAGUACUAAAUAUUCCUAAAUUAUAUGAUUUGGUUAUAGAACAAUGCAGAACACAGAAAUGUUAUGAUGCUAACUCAAAAUUGCAUGUCAGCAAAUAUUUUCAAACUAUUGCCUUUUCUUUCUUUUUCUCGUCUGAGUAUUUAGAAAUACCUCAACAUAUACGCGAAGACGUCAUGUUGUUAUCGGAUGGUAGUGGAGCAAAAUUAGGUUGUUAUGAAGAAAUUUCGCUUAUUUCUAAAGGAAAUGUGAAGUUAGGUAUGGAAUGUAUUGAAAAACAUCUCGAUGGUUUACAAACUUGUGCUGAUCAACAACUUGUAAAGUGCUUAUGCCUUCAGCUCCUUGCACUUUUAUAUACUGAUUUAAACGAGUGCAACCAAUCGAACAAGUUACGUAGAGAGGCCAUCGAGAUUUGCAAAGAAAUUGGUAAUUACAAUCUCUUUGUAAUUGGUGAUUGUGAGGAAACUUUAUCCAUGACGCAAAAGGAAUAUAAAGGCGAGCAAUUAAUAUUGUUUGUCUAUCUUUUAACUAUGUGGUCAAAAGUAAUUUUCAACGCGGAGACACAACUCUACUUUUUAAACUUUGUUCAUCAAUUAGAGCAGCAGCUAGAAAAUAACGCAUACAAUGCUCCACAAUAUUUAUUUCCAGUGUUUACAUAUGGUGAUUCUCUUUUAGCUAUUCUUGGUGUUGGUGUGGGACAAGAGGUUCUUUUGGAUGAAAAAGUCACAUUUCUUAAAAAAUCAGUGAUGUCUGAGGAUUGUUGUUUCUUGACAGAUAGGCCUAGAACAUUUCCGAUUAGGUGUUCGGAGCGAUUGCUCCAUUGCUAUAAUUUUCAAAUCGUUAGGGACGAUAAUGAAAUAAAGCAAGGUCCAAGUGUUGACACAUGCCGCAACGCACUUGAUUUUUCACUUAAACAAUGUGGUAAACAACAUUGGAAUACUGGGUUUUGUUACCUUGAAUUGGGUUUGGCUGAGAAUAAUGCUGAGAAUUUUAUAUCUGCUCUUAAUGCAUUUGACCAGGCUCUUGAAAUUAUGACAGCCGCUCAUGGUGGAACCAGCAUCAGUAAUGCUAAUCUAGCUGAUGUUUAUAUCGGGAAAGGAUGUUUAUAUCGUAUACAUGGAUAA